AGCUCCAUUCACAGUACACAAAUCAAACCUAGCAUUCCUCACCCUUCUUCUCCGUCAACGACUCAACGGGCAACUUCUUCUUCUUCUUUCCUAACCCACAGCGCCACCGCCGGCCACCUUCACCGCCGCAGCUACCUUCUCCUUCUUCUCCUCUUUUUUAAACACUGAACCAGUAAAAACACAACCCCUAUCUCUCUCGUUCUUUCUCGUUCGCAGAACAAAGCAAGCUCAAGCUCCACCACCACCGCCCCCUCAAGCUCGCAUAUCUUCUCAACGCUACAACCAUCAUCUCCUCCAGUCAAUGCGGCGGCUAUCUUCGCACAAGCCCUAGCUUUUCAAAUCCAUUCCUAUAUCUUCUCCUUCCUUUACUUCCCUCUCUUCAAGUUUCAAAGGCAACGCGAACGCAACCAUGGAAAAUGCAGCUUCCGGAAUGGCGGUCCAUGAUGACUGUAAGUUGUGGUUUUUGGAGCUCAAGACAAAAAGGACUCACAGGUUCAUAGUUUUCAAGAUUGAGGAGAAUCAAAAGCAAGUCAUUGUGGAGAAGCUUGGUGAGCCAGCUCAAGGCUACAAAGAUUUCGCUGCUUGCCUCCCUCCUAAUGAGUGCCGCUAUGCUAUAUAUGAUUUCGAGUUCUUGACCGAAGUUUUGUACAGGAAUAUGAUCCCUAGUAACUUUACUAUGAAUACAUCUAAUGUGAUGGCUAGUUUGUCCACAGAUCUGCUGGGAUCAGCAUCAAAGACAGAAAACACCAAUUUUCUUGAAUCCGCUUUCUUUUCAGGCCUUCCUGUUUAUUAUCUACAAAAGCAAUGCACAGAGAACUCUACAUUUUCCUUUCCACUCCAGAUAGAAUCCUAUAGUAUACAGCAAGGUGACUUCAUUUACAAUGUUUCGUCUUUCUCUCCCACUAAGCAUUUCAUAAUUCACUCAAGGAAGGGAUUGCUCAAUGGCAUUAGCCCAGUUGAAAAUCGGAAUAUUCCUCCACUAAAAUAUGAAUAUUUUUACGGCCUUUUACAUGAUUUUCCUAACUUAACAUUUACAAUCAAUGGUGGUAUUUUUGGUAUUGAUGAGAUUGAACUUAUUCGCAAUCUUUUUGUUGCUCUUUUCCUAGCCAGCAUUGGAAUGUUGAUUCAUGUUCAUUUUCUCUGGAACCAUGUUGAUUCAUGUCAUUUUCUCUUCUCAGUCGUGCUUCUAAUCUUCAUCUAGUUGAGGGUAAACUAUAUUUGCUGCUUCGUGGGACCACAGCUCUUAGUCUGGUAACAACUCUUUUACUUUUCAAGCUACUUCCUACAGUAGUGCAUCUCGGUGUGCUAUUGAGGUGGUUCUCUCCUGACAGUUCAUUGGAGAUCGGAUAUAUUAAGGUAGACAUCCUCUGCUCAGAAAGUGGGAAGCAGCGAAUAACUUUGAUGGACCAAGAAUCGCAUGAUUCUUGAUAAGUGCUUUUUUUUGUUGGACCAAGAAUCUUUAUAAUUUACAUGUUCCUAGUUAUAUUUCUACCCAUAUGAAAUAUUUUGUUGCCUCAUUAGUCUUAAUUAAUUCUCUACUGAAUUGGAAGCAGAGAUAGACUGCCUCAAUCAGAUAUACAUUUGGCGGCGGCAUGUUCGAGAUGAAUGAAGUGAAGGGUGGCUGUCCAUACGGUACCCGAACUUAUGCUGGUGGUGAUGGAUCAAGACAACCAACUAAACUUGAGUUGGAGCAAGCAUUCCACCAAGGCAAGUAUAUUGCCACCAUCACUAAGAAGCUCAAGAAAGAAUGAAGCUAUUCAUAAAUUAGGGAUAUUGAAUCCUGAUGAGUCCACUAGUAGUUACUUGUCAUCUAAUGUAUUUAGUUUGUAUUAUUGCAUGGAAAUAAUUGCUUCUUAUCAUAAAGAAAGCGCUUUGUACUCACUUCAGUGUUUUUCUAUUUGUACCAUCAAUAAAAAUUUGUAUUAUUAAAUUUA